GUUGUUGGGAAAAGACAAGAUUCCUGCUUGUAACAGCAGCCAAUCAUCAACAGCUUUAUCCAUCUUCUUAUUUUUUCUUUUAUUUCAUGGGUUUUUUAUGGAGCUCAUAACACCUGUUCCAAACUGGCAAUUACAGCAUCUCACCUGAUAAACCAUUUUCUGAUGUCUUUUCCAUCAACUAUUUCCAGGUAAAACAUGCUCUGAUGUUACUCUCUCCUUGUUAUAUUGCAUAGCCAGAGCUUCAUCUAAGGUGGGAGUUCUCUGCUGAUGCAAAUUGUCGAGAAGUUGAAUAGGGAAGGACAAGAAUUCCAUGGAAGAGACCUUAGGGUCUGUUAAAGCAGCCAUUAAUUUGUACAAAGGAAAGGUUCUUGAAGGAAAAUCUGCACAGAACCAAUCCUCAAUUAUGAAGUCUUUAGAGAAGCCAUAUCCAAGAACGAGCCAACUUCACAUAGCAAGAAGGGACAUGGGGCGACUCGGUGAGAGCAGAAAAGUUGCAGAGGCAGAAAAAUCCCAAGCAGAAUCUGAACUUUUGGACGCGAAAAAGAUGGUGAAAGAGCUAACUUCACGGAUAGAAGAGUUAAAUUCAAGACUAAAUGACAGGAAUAAAGACUUGGAGAAACUAAAGACGGCAAAAAGAGGAGGAAUUUGGGGUAUGGCUAUUAGCAACCCUCAGAAUUCCAAAGUAACAACAGAGUUGGGAAAUGCAAAAGAACAACUGAUUAAGCUUAAACAAGAUAUGGCUUCCAUGUUAGAGGAAAAAAGAAGAGCAGAGCAAGAAAUAGAAGCCUCUAGUUUGAAAAUGCAAUCUUUUUCAAGCAAAGUAGAUGCAUUAAGGAAGGAGGUUGAGGAACUUAACGAAGAGCUUGUGCUAGUUGAGUUGGCUCGAAUAGAGGCCAUUAAAGAAUUCAGAGCAAUUGAAGCUCAAAGAAGGGAAGACGCAGAGAAACAUUCAGCAGCAAUGGAGGAGAACAGGAAGAAAAUGAAUGACACGGUCCAAGAAAUUCAGAGAUCACAAGAGCUACAAGAAAAACUGGCCUUGACAACUUCAGAUGUCCAAGUUUUGGAAAGUGAAUUGAAGCAAGUAAAGGAAAUGGACAGAUGGAUUCAGAAAGACGAGAGCUUGAUUAUCCAACCUGAUUUCCUGGAAAAAGACUUAUCUUUGUUGCAGUCAUUGAAAGAAGACUUGGAGACAGCAAAGAAGGAAUUAGCUUCCGUUAAAAGAGGCAGCUUUGAGUUCAUGGCUUCAAUGGACAUCGUGAGGAAUGAGCUCGACCGCAUCUCUGAGGAAUCAGCUCGAUUAAAGAAAAAAGGAAACAAAGCCGACUUGACGAUUCAGAACCUGAACGCGAAGCUUCUGAGGGCAAAGGCUAAACUGGAAGCUGCAUCAGACAAUGAAGGAAAAGCAAGCUCUAUUGCUUCAAGUUUAUCCCUCACUCUAGAACAGUUGAGAAAUGAAACUGAAGAAGCUGAGAAAGAAAGGGUGACAGCAACUGAGGAAGCUGCAAAAGUGAAAGAAGAAAUUCAGAAAACAGAAUCUGAAACACUCUUGGCCGAGGAAAAAUGGGAAGCUGCACUACAAGAGCUUGAAACCAUCAAAUUAUCAGAAGCUACUGUCCUAAACAAUCUAAAGAGGCUUGUUGAGAUUACAAUGAAAAGUAGGGCAUCAGCUUCAAGGGGAAGCUCAAUAACUAUUUCAAGAUUUGAGUAUGAGUACUUAACGGGACGUGCAGCACAGGCAGUUGAAAUUGCUGAUAAAAAAGUAGCAGCAGCUCAGGCUUGGAUAAAAGCUUUGCAAGCCAGUGAAAAGGAGAUCUCACUGAAGACAGAGGUCACCAGAGAGGAAAUCCGAGAGCUUAAGAUGGAAGAAGAGCAAAAUGGCCCAAAAAUGGAGUAUUCACCUUCUGCAAAGAUAUUGGUUGAUAUGCAGUUGCAGAAAUGGGAGGAGAUAAAUGAAACAAACCUGGAACAAUCUCAGAACGGUUUACGUACAAACUCCACCUCAAUAAGUGGAAAAAUGACACCAGCAAGACGAGCUAAGUUCAGAAAGUCAACAUCUCCUGCACCUCGAACAUCUAGAGCGGCUUCCUUUGCGGUUAGGAGAAGAAGAAAGGUAAUGCCAAACAUAGCUAAGUUAUUUAAUAGCAAGAGCAAUGAAGAGAGCCUGUAAGCUAUAUUAUUGCAGCUGCAAAUAUUUGCCAAAGUUUUCUGAUGCAUGAGAUUAUGUCCCACUAAAUCCUUCUGUUUUUAGUCUCUGAAUGUCUUCUCUGAUGGAUGGCUUGUUCGUCCUGAUUUAGUCAGAGCGAUACUAAGGAGGACACUCUCAAGGAAAUUCACAUGAGAAGGCCCUUAGGGAAUUAGCUCCAAGACAGUGAAACUUCAGUCUUUACAUUGAAACCGACAUCACCCAAUUUUACUUGUUUUACUGUUGUUACCAUCAUUUGGACAAAAAUGCAGAUUUUAGUUUAAAUCCA